AUGCUGGGCAGGAGAACAGGACUCCCCCACGACCUGAACAGCCACCGCCAGCUGAACCAGUCCUACCAGGAGGCUGUGCCCCUGCGGACCAGACCAUCCAAGGAGACGGAUGUCAGUUUGGAGGUGUUCAGCGGCUCUACGCCUGAAAUCAAACAGAGCCGCACCAGAGCCCAGCAGAUGCGGGAUAGGAAAGGUCGCAAAGCUGACCUCAAAGACUCUAACGGGAGAGAGGCAGAAACAAUUACCUUUAUUUCUGGUACAGCAGAAGCUCCCCCAAACCAGAGCUUCUGCUGUUCCUCUCUGUCUCAGGCCUGGAACACAUACAAGGCUGUUUUCUGUUGUAUAGUGACCUGUGGGGGUUGCUUUCAGGACUGCAGUGUCUGUAUCCCCUAUACGGGGCCCACCGAGACCUCCACUGAUGACGGAAAGAAUGGCGAUUAUAACGGGCGACUGCCAAACAGCCCCGCCAACGUCUCUCCCACUGAGAAGAAUGGGAACCAGAUCAAAAAGUCCAGCAUGGGUAGCAGUUUCAGUUACCCAGAUGUGAAACUAAAGGGCAUUCCUUUCUAUCAAAACAGGAGCCCCAGCCACCACCUGGAAUCGGAUUCAUGCUGCAAAGAGCUGCUGCCAGAGAAGCCCUUCAGGAACAGCAUAGAAAAGCCACCGCUCCCCAGCAGCCACCGGAGUUCGGAGGAGUAUUAUUCCUUCCACGAGUCCGACCUGGACAUCAGCGAGCUGAACGGCUCCAUGUCCAGCAGGGAGAUCGACGUCCUGAUAUUCAAGAAACUGACGGAGCUCUUCAGCGUCCACCAGAUCGAUGAGCUGGCCAAGUGCACGUCAGACACUGUCUUCCUGGAGAAGACCAACAAGAUCUCGGACCUCAUCAAUAGCAUAACUCAGGACUACAACCUGGACGAGCAGGAUGCUGAAUGCAGGCUGGUCCGAGGCAUCAUACGCAUCAGCACUCGGAAAAGCAGGGUCCGGCCCCAUAUUUCUAUCCCAGCCAGCCAGAGCCACGAGGAGAAGUCCAGCAGAGGCAACGCACCAGACAGCGGUAAUGAAACGAUGCUGGAGUCCAUGGUCAUCAGCCAAGACGAUUUGGCUGUGCAAAUAUCAGAAGAAACACCAGCAGAUGUGAUAGCCAGGAAUAUGAGGCGGCAUAGCAGCGCAGGCUCUCCAACAAGCAGAGAUUCCUCUUUCCAAGACACAGAGACUGACUCCUCUGGGGCACCUCUGCUUCAGGUGUAUUGUUAAGGAAAAGGACCCAAGCAGCAGGCAGGCAUCCCGAGGCUUUGCUGCACUCAGAUUUCUCCUCUUUCAAUAUGGAGUGUGCUAUGCCACUUUUUUUUUUUCCCCCAGUCUCCCUGAUCCUUUGUUGAAGCCAAAUUUCUCCUGCUGUCUGAAUUUCACUGGAUAUUUUUUUUUUUUUGGACAAUAUAAACAUCAAGGAAGUGAACUGUGGAGCUAAUGAAUUUGGUAGGUGGAAUGUGUGCCCAGGGAGGAGAAGACGGACAAGGAAGUA